CAUAACCAUUAACGACCGGCCCCGGCCCCUUAAAAACCGCUACCUACAAAUAAAUGCGAUCCUCCCUUCCCCUCUCUCGUACAGUCCAGAUUGCCGUUUCCAUUUCCGAAUCAUUGAUUAAACCCUCAAUCAGAUCACCGCCGGCGUCAGAAUAAAAUAUCGUCGCAGAGCAUGUCGUGUUCGGAUUCAGAUGCAUCCUCCCACGGGGGAGCGGGAGGAGGAGAGUACAACAACUUUCGCCAAGCCAGUCGCGAUCGAUUAUUAUACGAAAUGCUUCAAACUUCAAAACCAGGAGACUCAAGAUCAUCAUGGAAGUUUUUCUAUUCAGGUGCUUAUCAUGGAUAAAGUUACAGUAAAAGUGAUGUCACACUCAUGCAAAAUGGCAGAUAUAACAGACCAAGGAGUUUCAUUGGACGAAGACCUCUAUAGAAGAAGACAACCUUUACCUUCAUUGGAUGCCAUAUAUUUCAUUAAACCUACCAAAGAGAAUGUGAUUUUGCUUUUGUCCGACAUGUCAGGAAGAGAACCAUUAUACAGAAAAGCAUAUGUAUACUUCAGUUCAUCAAUAUCAAAAGACCUUGUUUCACGGAUAAAACGGGAUUCUUCGGUUUUACGUCGUAUUGGCGCAUUAAGAGAGAUGAAUUUGGAGUAUUUCUCCAUAGACAGUCAGGGAUUCAUAACCGAUCAUGUAAACGCACUCGAGGAACUCUUUGGCCAGGAUGCAGAAACUUCUCAUAGAGUUGAUAUGUGCUUGAACACAAUGGCCAAAAGAAUUGCUACUGUUUUUGCUUCCUUAAAGGAAUUUCCGUAUGUGUGGUAUAGAACAGCCAGGGGACUUGAAGAUGCUACAACAGUUACAUUUCGUGAACUAAUUCCUACAAAGCUUGCUGCAGCAGUUUGGGACAACAUUUCAUCAUAUAAAUCUUCCAUUCGUAACUUUCCCCAAACAGAAACCUGUGAAUUACUACUGAUAGUGGACAGAUCAGUUGAUCAGAUUGCCCCCAUCAUUCAUGAGUGGACCUAUGAUGCUAUGUGUCACGAUCUACUUGAAUUGGAAGGAACUAAAUAUGUGCAUGAGGUUCCUAGCAAAUCUGGUGGUCAGCCUGACAGAAAGGAAGUUCUUUUGGAAGAUCAUGAUCCAAUCUGGCUUCAGCUCCGGCACACUCACAUAGCAGAGGCCAGUGAACGGUUGCACGAGAAGAUGAUGAGUUUUGCUUCCAAAAACAAGGCAGCGCAAUUGCAACAAAGAGAUGGUAGUGCUCUUUCCACAAGGGACCUUCAGAAAUUGGUUCAGUCUUUGCCAGAGUACAAUGCUCAGAUGGAGAAACUCUCUCUUCAUGUCGAGAUCGCUGGAAAGCUUAAUAAAAUUAUCAAAGAUGAGGGUCUUCAAGAACUUGGACAACUUGAGCAGGACCUUGUAUUUGGUGAUGCAGGAACAAAAGAAAUGAUCAAUUACCUGAGAAGAAAAGAGGACAAAAGUGAGAAUAAUCUGCGGCUUAUGAUGAUAUAUGCUGCUGUCUAUCCUGAAAAGUUUGAGGGUGAUAAAGCAUCAAAACUCAUGCAGCUAGCGAAAUUGUCAGAUGCAGAGAUGAAAGUUGUGAAAAAUAUGAAAUUUAUUGAGGGGUAUAACUCGAAAAAAGAUUUAAAAGGAGCUUUCUCACUAUUCUUUAGUUCAGGAAAGAGGAAGCAUUCAACAAGAAAGGAUCGCCCUGGAGAGGAAGAGACAUGGGCACUACUUCGGUUUUACCCCAUGAUAGAGGAGUUGAUUGAGAAGUUGAGUACACGGGAGCUGCCAAAAGAUGAAUACCAAUGCAUGAACGGUCCGAGCACUUCAAGUCAUGGGUCCCAAGCAAAGACUGAAGCCUCAAGUGCUACGUCAGUCCAAGCAGUUCAAUCCACUGGUCCACAUUCCAUGAGAUCUAGACGAACUCCCUCAUGGGCAAGAUCUCGCAGUUCAGAUGGGGGUUAUUUAAGUGAUUCGUCACUCAAGUCUGAAUCCAGUGAUUUCAAAAAGAUGGGACAACGGAUUUUCAUAUUCAUCAUUGGUGGUGCAACUAGAUCCGAGCUUAGGGUAUGCCAUAAACUUACAUCAAAAUUAAGGAGGGAAGUGGUCUUGGGGACAACUAGCAUUGACAAUCCGGAUAACUAUAUAAAGGUAAAAGAUUGCAUCUCUCUCAUAUGCUGGCACAGUGCAGGAGCCUCGUUCAAAGAUGUCUUUUACUAACUUCUUUACACACCCAUCAAUCCUGUUAUAGAUGUGAUUAAACAUCAAUUAAGUCUGUGUUGGAGCUUAAGUAAUCAUUUGAUUGAGCUUUGAGAGUAUGGUAGUUGGUUGGUACUUUGUACCCAAGUUGGGGUGUGAGGCCAUGUGCACGAUGAUGUAUGCAUUGUCUGCUAACUUUGUGUAUUGUCCGCUCUGCAGAAGCUUCAGCGUUUGUCGGGAAACGAGGAGAUAUCCAUUGAUGAUAUUGAUGUCUGAAACCCCUCUUCGUUCCCACACACACACACGUAUGUACAUGCAUCUUGGUUUUAGCAUUGAUGGCUUGAUAGGUGUCUUCAGUUUCUUGGAUAUAUUAUUAUCAUUAUGUAUGUAUCACAAGUGGUCACCUUCGAAAAUUUCCUGUGAUUGAAACAUUGACUUUUGCAUCUUUAA